ACAAAACCAUCGGCUAAUUUCCAACCCAGUCACCAUUCACACACCCUACACAAUGGCUGCUGAAAUCCCAACGUACGUGUUCUGUAUAUAAACCACUGAACAACACCUGCCCAUGGCGGUAUUGGCCGAAACACAUUACCGCGAUCGAUCAAUCUCACCCGUGACAAGUACUAACAACUCAGAUCCGUUAUCCAGAAGCUCGUCUUCUUUACCACUGCCAUGAUCAUCUUUCCGCUCGUGACCUUCUUCUCCGUACUGUGGAUCACAGGGGGCAACGCCAUUGUCAGUGGUGGGCUUGCAGCCUUGAUGGCCAACGUGGUUCUCAUCGGUUACGUGGUGGUUGCUUUUAUGGAAAACACCGAAGCCGAAGCUUUGGAAAAGAAGAAUGAAUAAGCGGAUGCUUUUAAUUCCUGGAUUUUUGGAAAUUGAUCCUCACGACAAUGGUCAGAGCCCAUGUACAUUAUUCGUAUACUAAUUAUACGCUUUUUUGGUUCUUGAACAGAUUUGAUAAGACGCAAGAAUUAGGUGUAAGCACUGGUAUCCAAUAAAAUUACUCCGA